AUGCGCAAACCCUCGUCUGAACAGGGCACUCGCAAAACGUCGCGAUCCCCCGCGGGCCCCCGCGGUAUCCCUGUGGUGGUGCGCCAGGCACCCCUUUCAAGCGACCUCGACACACCGCCGCCACCGUCACGGCGUCUGCGCAGCCGCAGCAGCCAGUUGGAAACAACACCCUCGCCGCCGUCGCUCCCAACGACACGCGGGAUCUGUAUCAGCGUGGUUGCUGCGCAGCCUUUUUUGCGCAGUAAGCCAGUCCUGCAGCGGCGCACCACGGUGUCCGUGUGCAAGCCCAGCGCUGCAGCGGUGGUCGCUCCGCAAACGAGCCGUGUGCUGAGCAGGAGCGAGGCUCGCUGGCGCAGGGCACACGCCUCGAAUGGUCAGUCCGGAGACCACUCCGCAGAUGCCACGUCGCUUCGACGUCCUCAGGUGCGCAGUUCCAGUUGCGUUGUGGCCUCCGCGCGGCCAGUUGCGAUUACCACCGUUGAGCCGCUCGCAUCGCCGCCAUCAUUGUGGAUUUCACCAGACAGCUCCACGAGUGAGUGCGCCGGUGUGGCGACCCACCACGGGCCUCGACGCCAACUCGAAGUCUUUGAUCGCUCAGCUGUGCCGACAGUGGUGCUCUCUCCCAUUUCAGAAGCGGUGCCUGCGUCGCUCUUCCCCCAUACGCCGCUGUUUGCACGAGAGGAAGUGGCACCGCCGAUGCCAAGGGUCGCCGCUGCGGAUGGCCCACGAAUGCGUGGCCGCCCCCCCGGCACCGCCGCGUCCACUCUCCCGCAGUCGCUAAGCAUGACGCACUCACCCACUCUGUCAAGUUUGCCCGAAGCUGCGCCGACCGCUGUGGAGGCAGCCCUUGUAGUCCCCUUGGCAGCGUUUGUCGAGUUGCCCUGCCCAACCUCCUUGGGUCAGCAGAAUGAGGAGCGCACCGUCGGGCACUUAUCCGCGUCGCACCUUUUGACUCGCUCCAUGGCGACUCACAACUCGACAACCUCCCUCACCUCUUUGUGGAGCCCGACCUCGGCGCCAAUCGCCAUAAACAGGCCAUCGACCCCAUCCGUAUCGAGUAUCACCGGCAACCCAGUCUAUCCAACGAUGAUGAACACCGCUGUCCCUCCGCAGACGGGCAGCCGCGUGACCCGGUUGUCUGCCAGUAACGCCAUGGACUUAUCGGAAUGCGCUCCCACGGCGUAUCCCGAGGCAUCUCCAAACGAGCUGCAACCAGUCAACACGCCACCACUCAUCGGAGGUGACGACUCUCAUCACCGCCAGAGUCGCAUGGGACCUGCGUCGCAGGAAACGGAAAACAGCGAUGCUGUACCCGCACAAGUGAAGUCACGUCCGCUCGGCACACCGCAGCAGUUCCGCAACCCUGUCGCCGAAAAUCCAUGUAGCACACCACUGAAGGCUUCGGCACACGUCGUCUCAGAUGUGGUGCACAUCACCCACACGCCAGAGCAGCACCGACUGCGUCCCGUCUUGCCACCGUCGGGGCAUGCUGUGAAGGCCUCGAUUCCCUCGCAGCGCGUCUCAGCGAGUUCCUCCGGGGCUCACGGUACGUCUAUACGUCCAACGCUCAUGAGAGAGGGGACGAGUUGUGGCGGCGGCACAAGGGUGACGUUAUUAGGCAGCGAUGCCUGCACACCAUCUUGUCACUCCCCUCGUCCCGCCCGAACGCUGUGCGCUAGCCCUAGUAGAACGCCCCGCCACGCGAGCAACUCCUCGGACCGCCACAAGCCUUUGACGCCUACCAUGUCUGCUGCCGGGGCAGGGAACUCCGUCGGCUUGGCUCUCACCAAAUCGCCUCCUGGGACCAUGUCCUCUGAGCUGGCCAGGCGUGCAAUAAACGCGCGUCGUCGACGGGAACUUUACGCAUGGAAUGAGCAGCUUCGUUUGCAGAACGAGUCCAGCGUUCAGGACGCUGUCUGA